AUGGCGGGAGCCUCCGACCCACUGGAGGACAUGCUCUUCAAUGAGGUAGACGAAAAAGCUGUAAGUGACUUAGUGGGCUCUUUGGAAUCGCAACUUGUCAGCCAAAAGACUUCGCCCGCCACAUAUUCCAAUAUCAAGCGAGAAGGAUCUACGGGGGCUGUCAGCCAGUUCUCAGGGAAACUGCGUGAUCAAGUGGGGUCUCUGGAGCCGCCACAACAAGGACACCCAAAAGCGGUGUUAAACGCGGAACCCAUCGCGAAUCAGGCGAUUUCCAAUAAGAUUAUCACCACUUCUACCUCUUCCAUCACUACUGGGGGUGUUCUACACGCUGGUACCAAUCUACAAACAUAUGGAGCCGCAUCUCAAACCAUUUCCACCGCACCACCAGGAUCAGUAACUUUGUCUGCUCAGCCGACUAGCUUCAACAGAGGGACUGUUUUGGGUCCUGCUGGCACAUCGGUGGUGACUGCUCCCAACCCAAACAUCACAACAACAACAACUAUCAGGACUGCUUCACCUGGUUUACAGAGUUUUAACGGUAGCACUGUAGCUGUGAAGUUGGUCAACUCGCCAGCAGCUUCUGAAGUUGGGUCAGGCAGCAGCACUGUUAUAAGUACUGUCAGUGCGGGCAACUCCAAUAUCAUUGUGUCCAUGACUUCACAGCCUCCUUCUCUGCCAAACUUUCCUGGACCUCAACAAUCUGCAGUGGCUACUACUCCCACUAUUGCAUUGCAAAGACAGCCCAACCUCAUGGCCAUUGCCUCACAGAAUGGAGUAAUAGACCCCAAGGUUUCUGCAGUGGUCACACAGGGUGCAGGUUCCCUAGGGGCCACCACCACUCAGGUCAUGAACCACAGUAACACUCUCAUGCACACUAAAAUGGUGGCACCCAACCAGCCAGUCUCUGCUGGCCAAUCAAUAAUUCUUGGAGGGUCUCCCUCUCCUGUUGUUGUUAACUCACCAAUAAGCCAGGCACAGAGUGUGGGGAGUCCCACUCUCACAGCUGGGGUGAAACCAACGGUUAAUGGAGUUGGUCAACCCACAGUGACCAUCGUGAGGCCGCCCGGUGCUCCUGUGAUGGCCACCUCCGUACAGCAGCAGAGACCUGGGCUGUUGGCAAGUACCACGAGGACUGCUGCACCACAGCUGGCCAUCAGACCACCACAGAAGACCACCAUUCAGUUACCCCCUGGAUUUACCAUACCACCCGGUAAGGAACCCUACUGAUGUUGUAGAGCCUUUAGAAACUAGGAUAUGACACCCUGGAAUGUUUUGACCCAUUAGUCAUUCAAUUAAGCAUAUUCAUAUAGUCUGUAGCCUAUAGUCUAGUCUGUGCUAUUCACUUUUGCUUAGGCCAAAAAACUCGCAAAAGAGCAACAAAAAAGUUGACCAUUUAAAAUGUCAUAUUGAGAAAGAUGUGACCGGACUGUAUUUGUCCCUCAGGUAUGGUGCUGGUGCGUACGGACACGGGCCAGCUGGUGAUGGUGCCUCAGCAGGUUCUAGCCCAGGCCCAGGCUAAGACUCAACAAGGCCAGGCUGCUGUCUCCAACAUCUCCCCCCAGCCUGGAACCCCCACCGCUGGGGCCACCAGAGUCAGCACUCCCAGCCAGGUACUGUAUGGAGGAAUCAGGCUAGUUGUCUGGAGGGGGGCUGGAAUGGAUUAUAUCAUAUUAAACAUGUUUGUCUGUCUUAAUGGUGUCUGUCUGUCAUGUAGUGUCCACAUCCACAAUCCUCUUGAUUGGUCCAAGUAAAGUCUAACUGACUAAAAGUCAUGCUGUUUGUUUGUGGGGUUGGCAUAAGAUCGAUGCUGCUCAGGUCAGGAAUAUUCUGGGAGAUGAUGUUGUACAUGAUUGUAGAAGAGCUUGUCAUCAGCAUCCCAGUCUCGUGAGACCAUAGAUUCUUGUGCCUGUGGUUAGUAGUUGGGUCUUGGUGCAGCGUCUGCUGCGGCUGUAGAGUCCCAUUCGUGAGAGGCGUUCUCUGCCAUCUGUCGCAACUGAAGGUCUACCCGGAUGUUGUAGGGGUGUCCUGCUGUUUCUUCCUCUUCACCCUAUUCAUUUCCCUCUAGUGUUGCACCAGUGUGGUUUCACUUUUAGGAAAUCACAACAAGUUGACCAUGUAUCCCGGUACUAAUGUCCGUAAUGACUGCUUUUCUUCAUCCAAUGCCCCUCGGACCCCUUGCUCCCUCUGUUCUCUGCAGGCCCCUGGUACGCCCCAGGCUGUCCGUCUGGCAUCCCCUUUCCAGGCAAGAAUGGCGCAGUCCCCCUCUCCCUCUAGCCCUGCUAUACAGGUGUGCACUUGUCUCCAAUCAAGGCCCUCUGUCAGAAAACACACACCUAAUUAUAGUAGCUGCAAACUACAUCCUCUUAGUAGAUUGUAAAUUAAUUUGUAUGAAAGACAUUUGACAUAUUCCAGCCCUGUUUUUAUUUGGUUGUUAUUUUAGUUCUUUCAUUUAUGUCAUGUUGUAAUAAUGGUUGUUUAGUCUCAACGGAGCUGUGUGUGUUGUGUUAUAACGGUUGUUUUGUUUCCACUACUCUAUAAAAGUUGUAGUCAUAUUUCUGCCUGUUGUCAUUCUCUCCAGAAGGCCAUAACCAUGGCUCCUGCGGGUGCGUCUGUUACCAUGGCUCCUGCGGGUGCGUCUGUGUCAGUGAAGAUGACCACCCCUCAGAAGGCCCAGUCGGUGAUCACGGGGGGCCAGGCCAUGGUCAAGCCUGGUGCUGUACGGCCUACUAUCACCCUGAACACUCCAGCAGCCAGUGCCUCCGCAUCCCCUACCACAGGAACUGCACCAGUCUCCCAGGUUCGUCAGUUGUGUUACUUGUUUUUGUCAACAGUGGUACUUUGUUACUGACACUUUGCUAGACCUGAACAGUGCGGGGUUUACCAACUUUUUUGUAGCCUAAUGUCCCCCUUGGGGAAAGUGUUGUUUACUGUAAAGUGUGUUGUGAUUUUUAAAUCCUCUUAAAAAUAAAGUUUGAUUUAAUAUAGUUUUAUAAUACCAGAGGUGGUGGUGACAUGAGAAGCACAUUUGAAUGGAAAGUCUAAUCAUACUGAAUGACCCAUUCUCCUCUCUUACAGGAAAUGCAAGAGAAUGUGAAGAAGUGCAAGAACUUCCUGUCCACCCUGAUCAAGCUGGCGUCCCACAACUCCCCCUCCCCUGACACAUCCAAGAACGUCAAGACCCUGGUGCAGGAUCUACUGGUGAGUCAAGACUCCUAUAGAGGACUACUAUAGUUGGAAAUUCUCAUGAGUAGAUUACCUAGUCCUUGUAUCAUUAACACAUGCCUUAUGAAUUACCUAUUCAUGUUUAUAAAUUAAAGUUAUUAUAAAGUGUUUAGUUAUGUCGUUUUAUUGUCAGCAGAAGUAUAGGGAAUGAAAAGGUCCAUGACAUUUCAUUUUAAAGUGCUUUUCACACUUAUCGUGCCCCUCUCUUUGAUUAGGAUGCUAAAAUCGAGCCUGAGGAGUUCACCACGAGUCUGCAGGCUGAGCUGAAAUCCUCUCCACAGCCGUACCUCAUCCCCUUCCUCAAGGUUUGUUUGUUUGUUUGUAACCCUUAACCCUCUGCCCCUAUCAUUCCUGCCCUUUUUUUUAGCUUAUUGCUAUGCAAUUGAAAUGCAAUUACUAAAGUACUAUGGAUCAAGUUAUUACAAUGAUGUUACUAGUGUAAUUAGUGUUAAUGCACAGGUAUAAGAGCAACUUAAUGUAAAGUGUUACACUAACUUUCAUAGCAGACCUGUUGUGUAAUUAUACAAAAUAUAGACAGUAAUUUGUUGACGACAUUAUCAAUGUAACCCAGAUGUGUUUCCCUCUGUACAGAAAAGCCUCCCUGCCCUGCGGCUGUCUCUUCUCAACAACCAGCAGUCUCUUCUGGCCUCCACCUCCGCUUCUGCCCUGGCCAUCCCCUCCACCACCACCAUCAGGGCCCGGCUCCCCGCCACGGGCAUCGUCAGGACACCUACUACUGCCCUGGUACGACCCUCCGGGACUUAGACACUGGAGAGAAGCGCUGCAGUUUCUAAUGGUUCUUUCUAUGAUAGGCCUAGUAGAAUUGAUUUGAGGCCGUUCUAGGUUAUGUCUCUCUAUAAUAGGCAUAGAAGAACAGACAUACACACACACACUUGAGGCCAUUCUAUGUUAUUUUAUAUUAGUUGUGUUUUGUCUGUUAUGUGCCACUUCGCUCAACUACUGUGAGUUCCAUUUUCUGUCUUCAUGUUCAUGUUCUCUCUCCCCAUUCUCUCUUCCAGGGUGUGAGAAGAGCAGGAGUCCAGGGAGUCCAGACCCGCAUGCCCAUGGUCAUCAGUCAGACCAUACGACCACAAGGUACUAGUACUGCAUAGCAUCCUCUCUCUCCCCCUAUGCAGACAAUGGACAAGCUCGAUAUGACGUCCCAGUGCUCUCCAUCUGUGCUUUUACUAUUGUUGAAGGGCAGAGUUUUUCCCCAGCGGACACUAGUUUUUCCUACCUGAUUCAACCACUCAAGGCCUGGAUUGUUAUUAGGUGUCUCAGGCGUGAUAAUGUUGGGCUCUAACAAAAUGUACCAGCAGGGGAUGCCCCAGGACCGGAGUUGGAAACCCCUGGUUAAGAGCACUGCACAGAGGCCUAUUUACUCACCAUGCUAUUGAACAGCUUGUAAUGAUAUGUCUUGUUAAUUUGUCAGGCGUAGUUACAAGAGGACCCGCUAUUAUCCCAGGCAGAAGUCCUGUGGGCAUUGGUGCCCAGGCCUCUGCCAAUCAGAAGAAGCUGAAUGAGCCUGGAGGUGGGACGUUCAGGUACGUUAUAAGGUGGCAGGUAGCCUAGCGAUUAAGAGCCAGUAACCAAAAGGUCCCUGGUUCGAAUCCCCGAGCCGACUAGGUGAAAAAUCUGUCUGUGCCCUUGAGCAAGGCACUUAACCCUAAUUGCUCCUGUAAAUUGCUCUGAAUAAGAACGCCUGCUAAAUGACUAAAAUGUAAAUGUAAUAUCCUGGUUCAGAGGAAAACUAUUGUCUCAUUGUGGGUAUCUGACCCAAUGUAAACCUAUGUAAGGCUCUUGGCAUUGUUAGGCUUAUGGCGUUUUCACACAUAGUUUUGAGCUAUAGUAAAAUUAUUUGUUACAUUGUAUUUUUUUCAUUUGGUCAGGUUGGUUUUACAUUGCCAAAUGUCAAACAAACAAAAAUUCCUAAACAAAAAUCAAUUUAUGAUUAUCAUGAAGCAUCACUUGUGUGUCCCAAUCUUCAUAUUUCUUUCACUUUGGACUUCCAUCAACAUGCGGGAGGAAACGGCGCAAUAGCCGCUCUAACUGCGACGGGAAUAGGCUAUAUUCAGUAGUCUAUAUCCCCGGUAUAGACCCUGUCUCCCCUAAUCUUGGAUGCGCUCAUAAAUGCGCUGCUACUCACAGAAUGUUUCAGAGAUAUCAAGUUAUGAUGCUGCGUGUAUUUCAUCAAAUGCUUGCAGUCAAACAACCAAUAAUACUGCUCGACUCUUGAUUAUUUUCCUGUGUUUGGUCCAGAAUGUUCACACCUGCAGCGUACUGCACAACAGUGCGAAUUGAAUCGGACUGAGACCAUCCUUUUUUUGCGAACCACCAUGCGUUGUUUAAUGCGCUUUCUAGUGUGGAUAGUGUUCACACCACUCCAAACAAAACAAAUUAAUAGGGUAAAUGCACCAGAGUUAGAAAAAUACUCUCCAAACCAGUUCGGUGUGAAAGCACCCUAAGAUACUUUGAUACUUUACCAUUAUGAUGCAUGUAAACAGAUCAACCACAGGAUGGCAGUAUUUCACACAUUUUGAGAAAACGUUAGAGUUCAGAAACAUACUAAAGCUAAAUAAACUCCCGUCCCUUCAUAUCCUCUGAGAAAUUGACUUGAAAUCGACAUGGUGUAAUUGACUAGGCAACCGCCAAACCAUAUUAUACCAUGUUAUUUAGCUUUCUUUAAUGAACCAGAAAAUCAAGAGAUUAUCUGGCCAACACUAUGAUCUUCUGGGGCACCCCCCUGAUCUGUGUGUACUGUAUGUCUUUAGAGAUGAUGAUGACAUCAACGACGUGGCGUCCAUGGCGGGGGUGAACCUGAACGAGGAAAACGCCCGCAUCAUGGCCACCAACUCUGAGCUGGUGGGCACCAAGAUCCGCUCCUGUAAGGACGAGGCCUUCCUCCCGCCAGGCCUGCUGCACAGACGCAUCAUGGAGACUGGUAGGUCAUACCAGAUGAGAGGCACUUGUUCACUUACCUUCAUGGAUUUGAAAGGAAAUUACUGGUGUAAGACACAAGCUGCUGAAAGUAGUGGAGCUCGGCCCUGAUGUCUUGUCGAUCGUCAGUAAAUGACUGACCACACCUUGCCGUUCCACCCCAGAUAAUGGCACUGAUUGGCUGUCCCAAUAUAGUGUGCCUUUAACCCCAGCUGAUGUUUUUUCUCUCAGCCAAGAGGUUUGGGGUGACCGAGGUCCCAGCUGAGACAGUGAACUACAUCUCCCAUGCUACCCAGGCCAGGCUGAGAUCCAUGCUGGAGAAAGUGUCCACUAUCGCCCAGCACCGCACCGACGGGGGCAAGGUAGGAGCAGGGAGAGUAGGGGUUGUCAUGAACAGAAGUACAUUAACACUACAUGAACAGUACAUGAAUAACACACAAAUAACGUAUGAACAACAACAUGAACAGUACACAAACUACAUAAACACCAUCCUUCCUGUCCCUUCCUUCUCUCUUUCACUCUCCCUCUCUCUUUCACUCUCCCUCUCUCUUUCACCCUCACUUUCCCUCUCUCUUUCACUCUCCCCCUCUCUUUCACUCUCCCCCUCUUUCACUCUCCCCCUCUCUUUCACUCUCCCUCUCCUGUCUUUUCCUUCUCUCUUUCACUCUCCCCCUCUCUUUCACUCUCCCUCUCUCUUUCACUCUCCCUCUCUUUCACUCUCCCUCUCUCCUGUCCCUUCCUUCUCUCUUUCACCCUCCCUCUCUCCUGUCCCUUCUUUCUCUCUUUCACUCUCCCUCUCUCUUUCACUCUCCCUCUCUCUUUCACUCUCCUUCUCUCUUUCACUCUCCUUCGCUCUUUCACUCUCCCUCUCUCUUUCACUCUCCUUCUCUCUUUCACUCUCCCUCUCUCUUUCACUCUCAUUCUCUCUUUCACUCUCCUUCUCUCUUUCACUCCUUCGCUCUUUCACUCUCCCUCUCUCCUGUCCUUUCCUUCUCUCUUCAGGAUGAGGAAUGGUAUGAGCCGUCGACAGACGUUAGGGCCCAGCUCCGCUUUUUUGAGCAGCUGGACAGAAUGGAGAAACAGAGGAAGGACGAACAGGAGAGAGAGGUCCUACUCAAGGCUGCCAAGGUACCUACAUAACAGAGUACAGUUCAGUAGAGACACAGACCACCACCUGACUACAUACACACCGGAUCUAGGUCAUUAUGUUAUUACCACUUUACUGCAUUACCCCCAAACACAAGUUGAACUGGAGAAGUGCCCGUUAAUAGCUGCGCUAUUUUGAGUUGAUCAACAAAAGUGUGUGUGUGUGUGUGUGUGUACAGUUGAGUGUGUGUGUGCGUGCGUGUGUGUGUCCACCCCAUGGGAAGGAUGUGACACCUGAAAACAGAGGUAAUUAGUGGCGUUUGAACAGAGCCCACAUCUCCCUCUACAGACAUCAUAAGACCUCCACUGGGACGUACACACACACCACACACACACUCACACUCAAAGCUGAAGAUUACUUUCACAGAAUGUUUGUUAGCUAAUUAGACUCUUAGGAAAAAAAGUGCUAUCUCUUUGGCUGUCCCCAUAGGAGAACCCUUUGAAGAACAAUUUUUGGUUGCAGGUAGAACCCUUUUGGGUUCCAGGUAGAACCCUUUCUACAUAGGGUUCUACAUGGAACCCAAAAGAGUUCUAACUGGAACCAAAAAUGAUUCUGGUAUGGGGACAGCCGAAUAACCCUUUUUUCUGAGAGUGUAGCAAACCAGUUUUAGUGGAAUGAUUCCAAUAAUUGUUAAAUUUAACUGCCAAUAUGUCAACAUUCCAUACAACAUCCACAGCCAUACACUGGCUGAAAUCAGUUGAUGAUAGGACUUAGACAAGUUGUAAAUGCAACAAGUACUGAUAUUGAAUCAUAUAAUAACACUCACAGCUUCCCAAGAAAACAAAAAAAUGUAGACAUUGAUGGUCUGUUUACAUAUUUUAGAGGCUAUUUAUACAGAAGGUUGGUAUAAAACCUGUAUGAACUGUAUAUUAUGAUAAUGUUUUAAAUAAUUAUAUUACGCUUUCUGAUAUAUCACAUGCCUUACUUUUAUUUGCCUUCAUAAGUAAAAGCAGGAAGUGCAUCACCUACGCCUCUGCUGCCAUUCAUUCCAAAUAGGCUGGUUUGGAUUUCUCCCUGACCACAAUGACUGACAUUAUUAUUCUGGAACUUUGAGGGUUUAUGACAUAGCCCCUUUAGUAAUUUAAUAGGAUCUCUAUGGUUAUAUUAUAGUUACUAUUAUGAAUUGUUGUUCAUUCAGGCUGGAUGUAUCUUGUGGUUAAAGGGAUAGUUCACCCAAAUUAUUCACCCAAUGUUACAUAUUGGUUUCCUUACACUGUAAUCAGUCUAUGCACAAGGUAUGACCGCAAUCCAUGCUUUGGUUUAGUUUCCACAGGGAAACUAAACUUGAUUUAGUUUCCCUGGCACUGUUUCCACAUGCUAACAUUUUAGCAUUUGUGGCACAAAUUCCAUUCAAGUCAUCGGACCGAUAUUAUUAGCAUUUUUCAAGCAUCAUGUCCAAAUAAUCUGAAAGUAUCUAAAAUCAAUUGUGAACCUCAAUAAAGUUAUAGAUGAUUUGAACAUGACGCGCGAAAAAUUCUAAUAUCGGCCCAUGACUUGAAUGGGAUUUGUGCCACAAAUGCUAAAACGUUAGCAUGUGGAAACGGUGCCCUGGAAACUAAACCAAAGCAUGGAUUUAUGUCAUACCUUGUCUAUAGACUGCUUACAGUGUAAGGAAACCAAUGUGUCAUUUUGUAAUUUGAAUGAACUAUCCCUUUUAAAUACAGUGCAUUCGGAAAGUAUUCAGACCCCUUCACUUUUUCCGCAUUUUGUUACGUUACAGCCCUACACUAAAAUUGAUUAAAUAAAAAGAAAUCCUUUAAAAUCUACACACAAUACCCCAUAAUGACAAAGCGAAAACAGGUUUUUAGAAAUGUUUGCCAAUGUAUUAAACAUAAAACCAGAUACCUUAUUUACAUAAGUAUACAGACCCUUUGCUAUGACACUCGAAAUUGAGCUCAGGUGCAUCCUGUUUCCAUUGAUCAUCCUUGAGAUGUUUCUACAACUUGAUUGGAGUCCACCUGUGGUAAAUUCAAUUGAUUGGAUAUGAUUUGGAAAGGCACACACCUGUCUAUAUAAGGUCACACAGUUGACAGUGCAUGUCAGAGCAAAACCAAAGCCAUGAGGUCAAAGGAAUUGUCCGUAGAGCUCUGAGACAGGAUCGUGUCGAGGCACAGAUCUGGGGAAGGGUACCAAAACAUUUCUGCAGUAUUGAAGGUCCCCAAGAACACAGUGGCCUCCAUCAUUCUUUAAAUGGAAGAAGUUUGGAACCACCAAGACUCUUCCUAGAGCUCCACCCAGCCAAACUGAGCAAUCUGGGGAGAAGCGCCUUGGUCAGUAAAAGGCACAUGACAGCCAGCUUGGAGUUUGCCUAAAGGACUCUCAGACCAUGAGAAACAAAAUUCUCUGGUCUGAUGAAACCAAGAUUGAACUCUUUGGCCUGAAUGCCAAGCGUCAUCUCUGGAGGAAACCUGGCACCAUCCCUAUGGUGAAGAAUGGUGGUGGCAGCAUCAUGCUGUGGGGAUGUUUUUCAGCGGCUGGGACUGGGAGACUAGUCAGGAUCGAGGGAAAGAUGAACGGAGUACAGAGAGAUCCUUGAUGAAAACCUGCUCCAGAACGCUCAGGACCUCCGACUGGGAUGAAGGUUCACCUUCCAACAGGACAAUGACCCUAAGCACACAGCCAAGACAACGCAGGAGUGGUUUUGGGACAAGUCUCAAUGUCCUUGAGUGGCCCAGCCAGAGCCCGGACUUGAACCCGCUCGAACAUCUCUGGAGAGACCUGAAAAUAGCUGUGCAGCGACGCUCCCCAUCCAACCUGACAGAGCUUGAGAGGAUCUGCAGAGAAGAAUGGGAGAAACUCCCCAAAUACAGGUGUGCCAAGCUUGUAGCGUCAUACCCAAGAAGACUCGAGGCUGUCAUCUCUGCCAAAGGUGCUUCAACAAAGUACUGAGUAAAGGGUCUGAAUACUUAAGUAAAUGUGAUAUUUCAGUUUUUAAUCUUUAAGUUUGCUAAAAUUUCAAAAAAAUAAUGUUUUUCUUUGUCAUUAUGGGGUAUUGUGUGCAGAUUUAUGAGGAUUUAAAACAAAUCCAUUUUAGAAUAAGGCUGUAACAUAACAAAAUGUGGAAAAAGUCAAGGGGUCUGAAUACUUUCCAAAUGCGCUGUAAAUGUUUAAUAAGCACUGGUUUCUGACUCUUAUGUCAAUAACAUGUCUUAAGCAAUCGUAACAGGGUAUGCACCUUUUCUGUCUCUCCUUCCCUCUGACCUGUCUCUCUCUCUACUCUAUAGAGUCGCGCCAGACAGGAGGACCCAGAACAAGCUCGGUUGAAGGCGAAAGCUAAGGAGGUAAUUGCUUCAUUUUUUUGUGUUUCCCUCCACAUGCCAACACAUAUUAUCAAUAUUCAUGUACAAUAUAAAAAAACGAUGUAGUCCAUUGUCAGCUACAGACUGGUAUGCAAGAACUUCCCACCAAAAAAUACACAAAUUCUCCAUAUAGUCUAUAUAGACCUCUUACCUCCCCAACCAUGCCACUAUUUGAAGCUAGCUCUCCCCAUAUUAUAGCUCUGCCUUGGGCUACACUGUCUGUCUUGACAGUGCCUCGCCACUACAACCCAGAGCGGGCCCCAAGACACUGAGGUCAGAGAGCAUUAUCCAUAAAGAUCAGGACAGGGGAGCUCAAGUCAGGACAUGUUGAAUGGUCCUGAAAGUUAUAGUGCUGUGGUCAACAACCCUGGUCCUGGAGAGCUACAGGGCAUGCAGGGUUUUGUUCAGCCCACCAGCUGAUCAGUAUUUUGAUUAGCUCAAUCACGUGUUCGUGCUGGGCUGGAACAAAGACGUACAAGCCCAGUCGCUCCCCAGGAGGAGGGUUGGCCACCCCUGGUUUAACGCCUAGUGGGCCAAAAACCAAAACACCUCUGGUUUGUAUUAUCUCUUUCUAAUUGGGGACUAAUUCAGACCUUGGACAUCAGGUGAAUGGACUCCCUGUCCAAUCAAUCAGUGACAUCAAUAAAUCAUUACUACUACCAGGUAGAAAGAAAACCAUCAGUCCUUUGGCCCUCCAGGCCUCUGGCCUGUGUGAUGGACUAGUUUCAGGAUGUGCAGAGAGGCAUAACCUGGUUCUGCCUCUACCAUUUCAUCACUCAGACAGACAGACAGGGACCUGACCUGAGGCAACGUUGGCUAGGCCUACAGAGCCCCACUCUGCCUUGUGACCUCAUAAUGCCUGAAGAUACAAUGCCCCUUUCACACACUCACGCUAGCCUGAUUCAGGCCGUUGGCUUCUUGGCACUGUAACUUUCUCUAUUCCAGCUUUUAUGCUACCAAUGAUAGAUCCUGUUCAGGGUGUAAAUCAGACAGGAGAGUAUAAAUGUCUGUGUCUCUCUCUGUCUUUCAGAUGCAGCAGGCAGAGCAGGCCCAGAUCCGUCAGCGUGAAGCCAACCUCACUGCCCUGGCUGCCAUCGGGCCCCGCAAGAAACGCAAGAUGGACUCGCCAGGGAGCUCCACAUCGGGCACAGAGGUAAGGGUGCUAAAAUGUUGCAUUAUGAAUAUCCUAGUCAUGUGUUUAUAUUCUAAGUUGACAGAUAUCCUCAUUCCCCAAUUACUUUCACCAUCUGACUUUCCAUCACAUUUGAAGAAAACAUUAUUAUUUUUUAAGUGGGGAUAACUUCGCUCACUCUACUCCUCUGUCAUCAGUACACACAAACACAUACACCCCACCCCUUUCUAUCCAGCAGCGUGAAUGUGACCAGAGUUGAGUGAAGGGGGUCAGCGUGUGCCUCUAGGCUUGUUGUGGGUGUCUGCACUGCUCUACCCACUCCAAGCCCCCCUCCUCUCACCCCCUGAGGGGAGCCAUAGAUUUCAGCUCUGCAGAAAUAAGCCUGAGGGGGGAACACAGCCCGGGGCGGCUGCAGUAUGGGCGCCUCAGUCACGCCACCUUCCACCCCCACCCACUUCCAGCCCAGAGGUCUCCCUCCAGCGAUCCCAGACAAAGGGGGCUCUGUGCGGGGUGAGAACCUGGUAUUAGGAGAGGGAGGGAAUGCAAGUGAGGGAACAUUGUAGGGAAGGGGCGGGUGUAAUCAUGAACUUUGACAGAUGCCUCAGCGUGAAAGGGAUGGUGAAUUGCUAAGCUAUAUGAACGGCUAGCAAGCUAGUCAGUCAAUCAGUUGAUAGGUUAGCCAGUUGGGGAGCUAGUCAGGAAGUUGGCUAGUCUUUCAAAUCAGCGAGCUGAAUUUGUUGCUAGCUUGUUUGUAAGAUGGGUAUGUUGGACUACAGUCAUACAGUUAGUUGUUAGCUAGAUAGCUGGAUAGUUAGCAAGUCAACAAGGUAGUCCCUUAUGGGCUGUUUAUUUUCUACCGUAGCUAAUAAGUUAGAAAAGCAGAAAGGUUGCCUGACUCCUUUGUUAGCCGUUCCUCAUACAUACCCAAACGGCCUGAGGGGCUCAUGGCAGGCUGAUGUGUCUAUAUCUCAAGCCUGAUCACGCCUGCAGAUGGGAGCUAAGGGGCCUGCUGGGGCUGCAUGGGGAUCCAACCUCAGGGCAGAGUAGUUACAAAGAAAGCUGCUCAGAGACGAGAAGACUACAAGAUGAACAAUUAUUUGUAAUGUGUUCCAAAAAAACCUGAUGAAAGCUAAGGGCCGAAACACAUUGGGUUUUAUCAAUAGUUUAUCAACUUCCACUGCCCUCCAAGACUUGCUGAAUUUCCUAUUCACUUCAAUGUGCUCCAGCUUCCCAUGUGAAAGGGAGUUCCCUGAGCAGACCGAUCACCGUUAUAUCACAAGAGGAUCUUUGACCGAUUUUAGUCAGAAGAGCAGUGAUCUCGUGCUAUCCAUCAUGCUUGAUUGGAGUGGGUGAUUGUAGCGUCUCGUUGGAGACUCCACUGGGUGUGUAACGUUGGGGGCGUUCAUUGUGCCAGUAUGGAGUACACACCCUUGGGCAUAGGGUGUGUGCGUGUUUGUGUGCAGGAGGUUACCACGCCUGCAGGCGGUUAAGCUGUAUAAUGCUCUGAUUGUGUUCCUGUAUGGACCUGGAGCCUCAUUCCUAUCCUCUAGUGUCAGCUCUCUCCUCAGGCUCUCAGAACAGAGAAGUAGAAUAUACACUCAAUUUAUAUAAUAGGAACCACUAUUGGCUCACAAAACAACCAUUACAUACAGUGCCUUCAGAAAGUAUUCAUACCCCUUGACUUAUUCCAAAUUUUGUUGUGUUACAGCCUGAAUUCUAAAUGGAUGAAAUAUAUUUUACACACAAUACCUCAUAAUGACAAAGUAAAAAUAUGUUUUUAGAAAUAUUUUCAAAUGUAUUGAAAAUGUAAUACAGAAAUAUUGAAUUUACAAAAGUAUUCACACCCGAGUCAAUACUUUGUAGAAGCACCUUUGGCCGAUUACAGCUGAGAGUCUUUGGGUAAGUCUCUUAAGAGCUUUGCACACCUGGAUUAUACAGUAUUUGCCCAUCAUUCUUUAAAAAAUAUAUUCUGUCAAGUUGAUUGUUGAUCAUUGCUAGACAGCCAUUCUCAAGUCUUGCAAUAGAUCUUCAAGCAGAUUUAAGUCAAAACUAUAACUAGGCCACUCAGAAAGAUUUAAUGUUGUCUUGGUAAGCAACUCCAGUGUAGAUUGGGCCUUGUGUUGUAGGUUAUGAUUCUCCCAGUGUCUGUUGGAAAGCAGACGGAGCCAGGUUUUCCUUUAGGAUUUUGCCUGUGUUUAUCGCUGUAUUCCAUUUAUUUUUAUCCUAAAAAACUCCCUAGUGACUAGUCCUUGCCGAUGACAAGCAUACCCAUAACAUGAUGCAGCCACCACUAUGCUUGAAAAUAUGAAGAGUGGUACUCUGUGAUGUGUAGUGUUGGAUUUGCCCCAAACAUAACGCUUUGUGUUCAGGACAAAGUUUUUGCAGUAUUACUUUAGUGCCUUGUUGCGAACAGGAUGCAUGUUUUGGAAUAUUUGUAUUCUAUAAAGAAGUCCUUCUUUUCACUCUGUCAUUUAGGUUAGUAUUGUGGAGUAACUACAAUGUUGUUGAUCCAUCCUCAGUUUUCUCCUAUCACAACCAUUAAACUCUGUAACUGUUUUAAAGUCACCAUUGCCCUCAUGGUGAAAUCACUGAGCAGUUUCCUUCCUCUCUGGCAACUGAGUUAGAAAGGAUGUCUGUAUCUUUUUUGUGACUGGGUGUAUUGAUACACCAUCCAAAGCCUAAUUAAUAACCACCAUGCUCAAAGGGAUAUUCAGCGUCUGCUUUUUUAUGUCUGCCAAUCGGUGCCUUUCUUUGUGAGGCAUUUAAAAACCUCCCUGGUCUUUUUGGUUGAAUCAGGGCUUGAAAUUCACUACCUCACGACCUUACAGGUAACUGUAUGUGUGGGGUACAGAGAUGGGUUUAGUCAUUCAAAAAUCAUAUCACUAUUAUUGAACACUGAAUGAGUCCAUGCAACUUAUUAUGUGAUUUGUUAAGUCCGCUUUUACUUAUUUAGGCUUGCCAUAAGAAAGGGUUUGAAUACUUAUUGACUCAAGACAUUUCAACUUUACAUUUGUUAUUAAUUUCUAAAAUAUUCUACAAACUAAAUUCCACUUUGACAUUAUGGGUUAUUGUGUGUAGGUCAGUGACACAAAAUCUCAUUUUAAUCCAUUUAAAAUUCAGGCUGUAACAACAAAAUGUGGAAAAAGUAAAGGGGUGUGAAUACAUUCUGAAGGCACUGUAAAACGGACAUUUUGAAGUUUUUUCCCCCCUAGUGAUUCUAAAUAGUCCUAACCACUUAUUUCACCAUACACCACCACAGGGUUAUUGGGUUAGACACUGAGUUCACUAAGACGUACAAUUUCCUCACCCAAUCAAACAAGCCUCACGACAUUUCAGGAGUAUGCAAAACAAUGCAUCAAUUCAAGCCACACCGUUUGAUAUCACAUUGGUAAUGGCUGUUUUCAAGUAUUUUUUUAGGUGGUGUAGAAUCUUGAAAGCUUUUUCAGCGUGUUGGAGCCGUAGGGUAAGGGUGUGACCGUUUCCCUCAGGCUGUGCACACACCUUGUAUGAAACUGUGGUGAUGCACGCACAAGCCUGGGCUGUGAGAGCUGAAUUGACAUUUCUCUAGUUAGUAAGACUGCAUCGCUUGUUCCCUGCCUGCAUUACUAUUGCUUGAACCUACUUGUUUUAAUACACAUUGCCAACACAGAUAUUUUAAGUCACUUAAAACAACCCUAAAUCACUUACUAGUAGAUGUAACUUUUGUAAUGUCGUCCCUUUGUCCUCAGGUUGCUUCGGGUUCAGGGGACGGCUCUUCCACAGCCGUCUCCUCCCGCCAACAGCUCCGUCAGCGGAUCACGCGAGUCAACCUCAGGGACUUUAUCUUCUGCCUGGAGCAGGAGAGGGCCACAUCCAGGUCCUUACUGCUCUAUAAGGCUCUCCUGAAG